AUGAAAAGACACAGCAUUGGAAAAAAGUUUACAAAAAUAAAAGGAUUGAAUAAAACUGAUCCUAAUGCAAUAGUUCCAGAAACUCCUAAGCUAAUUGAAGAUUUUAUUUAAUCUCUUAAUUCUUAGGGAGCUGUUAUCAAUAAAGUGAAAUAUGCCAUUUUUUUAACAAAAAAUGGGUUAAAAUAUCCUGGGCUUAUUGCAACUGAAAAAAUUGUACCAAAUGACAACCUUGUUAUUUUACCUCGAGAAACAUUAUUAACUACAAGAUAAGCAUUUGAAUCUCCUUUAAAACCUAUGUUUCUAGAAUUUCCAUAAUUCUUUAGUCCUAAAUUUAUGCCCUCCUGGUAAUACCACAUAAUUUUAUCAUUUUUACUCUAUGAAUAUUAAAAAGGUGCUGAAUCAAAAUGGCAUUUAUUAAUCAAUAAUUUUCCAAAGGAUAUUGAUUAUGCAGUAUUUUGGAAAUCUGAAGAUUUAGAACUAUUAUAAGAUAAAAAAAUGGCCAAGCAUGCUAUUUAAAAGAACAGAUAUCUUAUUACUACCUUUCAAACUCUCUAAUACAUCACUAGCAAAUUUCCCGAUCUUUUUAAACCAGAGGUUGUUACUUUAGAAAAUAUUAUUUGGAUUUACACAAGUAUUGUAACAAGAUGUUUUGGAGGUUAAGGUUUGAAAUAUGUUACAAUGGUACCUUUUUGUGAAUUAUUUAAUCAUGAAAGCGCUGAUGUUUGUUAUGAUCUUUAAUAAAAUGAUGGUAGAACAAAAUAUAAUUAUGAAUUUAUGACUUAAAAGUUAGUUAAAGAUUAGAAGGAUGAUGAUGAAUUGUCAAUCUAAUCUUUUGACAAUUCAUAAGGUUCAGAAGAUGAAAUUAGUGACUCUGAAUUUACAACUGGUGAGUAUAAUGAUUACUAAGAAUUUGAUUUUGAUGAAUUUCAUGAAAUGGCAAUAAAAAAUUUUACGAAUAAUCUAAAUCAAAUGUUAGAAAUCUUAACUCUCUAAAAUUAAGUUUAAGAAAAUAUGAGUCAAAAAAUGAAAGUGAUCUAAGAAUUUUCAAUAAGAAUGAGAAAAGAAUUAAAUAUUAAACUAAAUAUACAAAGAGAUAUUUUCUAAUUAGCUAUAGACUGUAAAUCAAUGCUAUUUUAACACCUUGAUUUUGGGGAUAAUUUUUCUAUAUUUUUUAUCGGACAGAUUUUCAAUAUUUUGGAUAAUUCACUUAAAGAGUAUUUUGAAGAACAGAUAUCUUCAUUUAAGGCUAGAGAAAUCUUUGCUAGAAUGGAACAAAUUUGUAGUAGUUAUUUAGAUAAUUGGUAUGCUUUUAAUAAUGUUGUUAAAAAAAGCCCUAUCCAAUAGAAAGUCAAUACAUUUUCAUAAAAAUUAGGUUAGAGACCGAUAAAAGUUUUACCAACAGUUGAAUCAAUUUUAAAAUAGCCAGUUGAUCGUAGUGCCAAUUAUUAUUAAAAUGUUUGGGAAAAUGAAAAUUUCAAAAAUCUAUUAAUGAGAACAAGAGAUUACUUUGAAAAAGGAUCAUAAGUGUAUUUCUGCUAUAGUUAAUUGUCAAAUAGAAUGAUGAUUCUCAAAUAUGGAAUGGCUUUGGAAUACAAUAAAUUCAACAGUUCUUUUUUGAGGGUUGAGUAUCUAAAAUAUCUUUAGACAAAGGAGGCUUAAUGGAUUGUUCAUAGAUUUAAAUUAGAUAAAUUUAAAAGAUUUAAGUUAAAAUUUAUCAAACCUCCUUAUGAGUUGAUAAUAUUUUGUAAAUUAGUCUAUUGGGAUAUAAAUAUACAUUCUGUGGAUACUAUUUUUAAGAUAUAAAACCUGAAAUUAGAAAUAAAAGCACUUAAUUUGGCACUUGAAAUUUUAGUUGAAGAAAAUUCAAAAUUCACAGAUAAAAUCGAAGUCCUUGAAAAAUAACUUUAUGAUAAAUCCUUAGGGUACCAUGAAUAUUUUGCUCUAAUCUACAGAUUAGAAAGAUUAAGAAUCUUUAGUUAUAAUAUUAACUUAAUCAAUAUUAUGAUAAUUGUUAUUGAUAAAAUCAUAAAUAGAGUACCAUUUGAAUAGGCAAUAGAGAAAACAUAGUUUGAUUUCGAUUAUUAUCUAACAAAUCGUUACACUUUAAAGAGAUAUUUUGAUGAAUUGAAAUGUUCUCUAUAUGAAUCAUCAUGA